CCUGUGCGUGCUGUGCCGCCGGGCAGAGGCGGACCCGGGGCUCUGCGGGCGCAACUUCAGCCGAGGAGGGCUCGGCGUCCACGAGUUCUGCCUGAUCUUUGCCACCCAGCUCUCGCGGCUGCCCGCAGAGGAUCCUCAGCUCUUCCGGUACCGCUGCCGGGACAUCCUGCAGGCGGUCGAGCGGGCGGCGCAGAAGACCUGCUGCGUCUGUAAGAAGACCGGGCCCACCAUCACCUGCGGAGAGACGGGCUGUGAACGCAGCUUCCACCUCCCCUGUGCCACGGAGGGGGGCUGCGUCACGCAGUACUUCUCUCCGUACAGGUGCUUCUGUGCGGAGCGCCGCCCGGAGCAGGCACUGGGGCUGGAGCCUGAGAAGAACACCAGGUGCCUCAUUUGCCUGGAGCGGCUGGAGGAGCCAAAGCCUUACCUGAUCCCGGUGUGCCCCGUGUGCAAGCACGCCUGCUUCCACCGGGGCUGUAUCCAGGGCCUGGCACUGCAAGAUGGCAUCACCCAGCUGCAGUGCCCGCUCUGCCGGGAUAAGGACGGGUUCGGAAGCGAGAUGCUGAGAAUCGGGGUCCGCGUCCCCUUCCAGCUGCCAUCAUGGGACGCUGAGGCACACGCUGAGCUGAGCGCCAGGCACGGGCGCUGUGACGCCAGCGAGUGCCUCUGCCCCGCAGGCCGGGAGUGGGCUGAGCAAGAGGGCCACGAACCCGUUUGCUUCCCCACGCGCCCCUGGGGCCUGGUGCUGUGCAGCUCUGGCGCUGCCGGGGGCACCCACCGGGGCUGCUCCCGCCUGGGGAACAGCACGCAGGGCUGGGAGUGCCCCGGCU